CAAAUAACAUUCACAUUACAAUACAAGUUCUGUAUGAAAAUUGAGUUAUUUGACUGUUCUGUUUUAUAACAUUGACAAUGGAAGAUAAGAUUCCAAAUUAACAGUUGAAAUUUCCAUGACUCAUAUUUGCUGUGGUAUAUAUUCUGACUCUGGACUUCAUUGCUCACUCCUUGAGACAGCUCUCUAAAUUUAAAAAGUUCUCAUUCUUUUUGGCAGAAACCACCUUUACAUAUAGGUGAGUGAAUUUAAAUACUAUUCAUGUAAAAUAUAAGUAGCUUAUUUUUGCGUUUGUGAAAAUAAUUUAUGAAUUGUAUUCUUUGUUCUUUAGGAGAAAAAAACAUGUUGCUCUUUAUUUCACUAUGUCUUCUCUGCUGGGGGCAAUUCAACGGAGUGGUGAGUCUAAAAUCUGAUGGUCCAAAAAGUUUAUCACAAAUUUAUAUUUAAGAAUUAUAGGAAAUAUUUAAUGUCUUUUGUUUUAUUUCACGACCUAAAAUAUGCUAUUCAAGUUACUAUGUUUUGGGGCAGAAUUAUUCUCAUUUUUUAUUGUGUGCCUGUGUCAAUUUCAUCUUAAUACUUUAUUUUUGAUGAAUCAGAAUUAUUCUGCAUUUAAUUUUUCAACCUAUGAAUAUCAUAUGUAGGAGCUUUGUAAGGAGUUUUAUGUGGAAUGUGCAUGUUCUCUAUGUGCACAAUCUGCCCAGGGAGUAGAAAUUUUAUGGUGUAUGUUUGCUUACCAGGUGCAAAUAUAAUUUUUGAAUCAAUAUUGGUGAUUGUGAAAAAAAGAGCAACAUGAUGCAAUAUGUCUCAAAAGUUAUUUCCCCUUUUCUUCUUUUGCAGAGGUGUGAAAUACAGCUAGAAAUGUAUGAAAAUUCGAUUGAUGACAUGUUCAGCAAUUGUAAAGAAAAGAUGACGGAAAUGUUCUUUGGCAAGUUCUCUGAUGAACUGACAAAGGAAGGAUAUGGAACUCAUUGGGACAAUGAAGAAAGCAAAAUAAAAAUGGAUGACCAUAUUCUGAAAAAGGCAGAACUGCAAGCAAUCCGUGUCUACACAGAACAUGAAAACGGAGUGUAUAACGAGUUCAAUGUUGCUGUCAGGACAGGUAAAAACAUGUAUGGUACUUCAUUUAAGUUCCACAUAUUAUAUUUCCUGCUUGUAUCUGCUGUACAAAAAUUUAAAAAAGCUGACAAAAUGACUUGCUAUACUACUUACAGACGAUACAAAGGUGAAGUUAAAUUUAACUCGGAUACAGGCAUAAUAAGAUUUGGUAGCUUUGCAUCCAGCUCUCUGUCACCUGACCAGAAAGACUAUGGUAAUAAGGCCUGCCUUGAAAUCAUAACUUGCCAUGGUGCUGCAAUAGAAGAGUAUUCAGCUUAUCCUAAAGAGAAAGAAGUGCUUAUACCACCUUAUGAGAUGUUUAAGAUUAUAAAAGGACAAGAUGUCGAAAAACUAAAGGAUUGUGAAGCUAGGUUUGUCUUGAAGAGUGUUGGCACUAAGAGCAAUCUGGAUUGCUUAUUAGUUAAAAAGUGACUUAUGCUCAAUGCUUGAGAGUACCAAUGUUUUGGUUAUAUAUGUUUUGUAAAACAUUACCAUUAACAUUGGCUUAUAUGUUUCCAUGCUGU